AUGUUGAUGAGGGAACGACAAAUACUGAUAAUGAGGGCAGUUCAGAUGUGGACUUUGUUGACAAUGACUGAACUUGAUGAUGGGGAUGAUGACCUAUUUUAUGAUAAUAUUGAUGAUGGAGUGGUUGAUGAAGGUGCAGGCAAGGGCAUGGUACUCAGCAAAGGGAAGAACAAAAAUGCCCAAUCAGGCAAAGGGAAGGAGGGAGCGGAUAGGGAAUGGGAUGAGCUGACCUCUGAUGAAGAUGAGUUGGAGUUACCAGAUUCUGAUGAAGAGGGACAUCCUGGCAAGAAUUUGAAGACCUUUAGGCCAGAGGAUAUGCACAACCCAAUUUUCAAGAUAGGAAUGAAGGUUGCAUUAGUAGAAAUGCUGAGAAGUGCUAUUACAGAAUACAGUAUCAAAUAA